GGGACAGCGACAGCCCGCGCACUGGGCAGGAGUUGCCGCUGCUGCUGCUGCUGCCGCCCGCGUCUUCAAGGUCUCAGCGCUUCCUCACCGGAGACCGGACUCGGCCGCCAUGUCCGCCGCAGAGGAGGUUGAUGGGCUGGGUGUGGUCCGGCCACACUAUGGCUCUGUCCUGGAUAAUGAGAGACUCACUGCGGAGGAGAUGGAUGAAAGGAGGCGGCAGAACGUGGCUUACGAGUACCUUUGCCAUUUGGAAGAAGCAAAGAGGUGGAUGGAAGCUUGCCUAGGAGAGGACCUGCCACCCACCACGGAGCUGGAGGAGGGCCUUAGGAAUGGAGUCUACCUUGCCAAACUAGGGAACUUCUUCUCUCCCAAAGUGGUGUCCCUGAAAAAAAUCUAUGAUCGAGAGCAGACCAGAUACAAGGCUACUGGCUUGCACUUCAGACACACGGAUAAUGUGAUUCAGUGGCUGAAUGCCAUGGAUGAGAUUGGAUUGCCUAAGAUUUUUUACCCAGAAACCACAGAUAUCUAUGAUCGGAAGAACAUGCCAAGAUGUAUCUACUGUAUCCAUGCUCUCAGUUUGUACCUGUUCAAACUGGGCCUGGCUCCUCAGAUUCAAGACCUGUAUGGAAAGGUUGACUUCACAGAGGAGGAAAUCAACAACAUGAAGAUCGAGCUAGAGAAGUACGGGAUCCAGAUGCCUGCCUUCAGCAAGAUCGGGGGCAUCCUGGCUAAUGAGCUCUCGGUGGAUGAAGCUGCAUUACAUGCUGCUGUCAUUGCUAUUAAUGAAGCUAUUGACCGUAGAGUUCCAGCCGACACAUUUACAGCUCUGAAAAACCCCAAUGCCAUGCUGGUCAAUCUCGAGGAACCCCUGGCUUCCACUUACCAGGACACUCUUUACCAGGCCAAGCAGGACAAGACGACAAAUGCUAGAAACAGGACAGAAAACUCUGACAGAGAAAGGGACGUUUAUGAGGAGCUGCUCACACAAGCUGAAAUUCAAGGCAAUGUAAACAAAGUCAAUACAUUCUCUGCCCUGGCCAACAUCAACCUGGCGUUAGAGCAGGGCUGUGCGGCGGCCCUGCUCAAGGCUCUGCAGUCUCCGGCCCUGGGCCUCCGAGGCCUGCAGACCCAGAACAGCGACUGGUACAUGAAGCAGCUCCAGAGCGACCAGCAGCAGAAGAGACAGAGUGGCCAGACUGACCCCCUGCAGAAGGAGGAGGUACAGGCCGGAGUGGAUGCUGCCAAUAGUGCUGCCCAGCAAUACCAACGAAGAUUGGCAGCAGUAGCGGCCAUCAAUGCGGCGAUCCAGAAGGGCAUCGCCGAGAAGACUGUUUUGGAGCUGAUGAAUCCUGAAGCCCAGCUGCCCCAGGUGUAUCCGUUUGCGGCCGAUCUCUAUCAGAAGGAGCUGGCCACGCUACAGCAGCAGAGUCCUGAACAUAGCCUCACCCAUCCUGAACUCACCGUGGCGGUGGAGAUGCUCUCUUCCGUGGCCCUCAUCAACAGGGCUCUGGAGUCAGGAGACAUGAACACCGUGUGGAAGCAGCUGAGCAGCGCAGUCACAGGCCUUACCAACAUCGAGGAAGAGAACAGUCAAAGGUAUCUCGAUGAGUUGAUGAAGCUGAAAGCUCAGGCACAUGCAGAGAAUAAUGAAUUUAUUACAUGGAAUGACAUCCAGGCUUGUGUGGACCAUGUGAACCUGGUGGUCCACGAGGAACAUGAGCGGAUUUUGGCCAUUGGUUUAAUUAAUGAAGCCUUGGAUGAAGGGGACGCUCAGAAGACUCUGCAGGCCUUGCAGAUUCCUGCGGCUAAACUGGAGGGGGUCCUUGCGGAAGUGGCGCAGCAUUAUCAAGACACACUGAUCAGAGCAAAGCGAGAAAAGGCGCAGGAAACCCAGGAUGAGUCAGCUGUGUUAUGGUUGGAUGAAAUUCAAGGUGGAAUCUGGCAGUCCAACAAAGACACCCAAGAAGCUCAGAGGUUUGCCUUAGGAAUCUUUGCCAUCAAUGAAGCUGUAGACAGCGGUGAUGUUGGCAGAACUCUGAGUGCCCUUCGUUCCCCGGAUGUUGGCUUAUAUGGAGUCAUCCCCGAAUGUGGGGAAACAUACCAGAGUGACCUUGCAGAAGCCAAGAAGAAGAGACUAGCAGCAGGGGACAACAACAGCAGAUGGGUGAAGCACUGGGUGAAAGGCGGGUACUACUACUACCACAACCUGGAGACGCAAGGCGGAGGAUGGGACGAACCCCCAGACUUCAUGCAGAAUUCUGUGCAGCUCUCUCGAGAAGAGAUCCAGAGCUCCAUCUCCGGAGUGACCGCUGCAUAUAACCGGGAGCAGCUUUGGCUGGCCAACGAAGGCCUGGUCACCAAGCUGCAGGCCCACUGCCGUGGCUACCUAGUGCGACAGGAGUUCCGAUCCCGGAUGAACUUCCUGAAGAAGCAGAUCCCCGCCAUCACCUGCAUUCAGUCACAGUGGAGAGGAUACAAGCAGAAGAAGGCGUAUCAAGACCGGCUGGCUUUCCUGCACUCCCACAAAGAUGAGGUUGUGAAGAUUCAGUCCCUUGCCAGGAUGCAUCAAGCUAGAAAGCGCUAUAGAGAUCGCCUGCAGUAUUUCCGAGAUCACAUAAACGACAUUAUCAAAAUCCAGGCUUUCAUUCGGGCAAACAAAGCUCGUGAUGACUACAAGACUCUCAUCAAUGCGGAGGAUCCGCCUAUGAUUGUGGUCCGAAAGUUUGUCCACCUCCUGGACCAAAGUGACCAGGACUUUCAGGAGGAGCUUGACCUUAUGAAGAUGCGGGAGGAGGUCAUCACCCUCAUCCGUUCCAACCAGCAGCUGGAGAAUGACCUCAAUCUCAUGGACAUCAAAAUCGGACUGCUGGUGAAGAACAAGAUCACGCUGCAGGAUGUGGUUUCCCACAGUAAAAAGCUUACCAAGAAGAACAAGGAGCAGCUGUCUGAUAUGAUGAUGAUUAACAAGCAGAAGGGAGGCCUCAAGGCCCUGAGCAAGGAGAAGAGGGAGAAGCUGGAAGCCUACCAGCACCUGUUCUACUUACUGCAGACCAACCCCACCUAUCUGGCCAAGCUGAUCUUUCAGAUGCCUCAGAACAAGUCCACCAAGUUCAUGGACUCUGUCAUCUUCACACUGUACAACUAUGCAUCCAACCAGCGAGAAGAGUACUUGCUGCUGAGACUCUUCAAGACGGCACUCCAGGAGGAGAUCAAGUCAAAGGUGGAUCAGAUUCAAGAAAUCGUGACAGGAAACCCUACGGUUAUUAAGAUGGUUGUGAGUUUCAACCGUGGUGCCCGGGGCCAGAAUGCCCUCCGACAGAUCUUGGCCCCUGUUGUGAAGGAGAUUAUGGAUGACAAAUCGCUCAACAUCAAGACCGACCCUGUGGAUAUUUACAAGUCUUGGGUUAAUCAGAUGGAGUCUCAGACGGGAGAGGCAAGCAAACUGCCCUAUGAUGUGACCCCUGAACAAGCCUUGUCUCAUGAAGAAGUGAAGACAAGGCUAGACAACUCCAUCAGGAACAUGAGGGCCGUGACAGACAAAUUCCUCUCAGCCAUCAUCAGCUCUGUGGACAAAAUCCCUUAUGGGAUGCGCUUCAUUGCCAAAGUGCUGAAAGAUUCGCUGCAUGAGAAGUUCCCUGACGCUGGUGAGGACGAGCUGCUGAAGAUUAUUGGUAACUUGCUUUAUUACCGAUACAUGAAUCCGGCUAUCGUUGCUCCCGAUGCCUUCGACAUCAUUGACCUGUCAGCAGGGGGCCAGCUCACCACAGACCAGCGCAGAAAUCUGGGCUCCAUUGCCAAGAUGCUCCAGCACGCAGCUUCCAAUAAGAUGUUUCUGGGCGAUAAUGCCCACUUAAGCAUCAUUAAUGAGUAUCUUUCUCAGUCCUACCAGAAAUUCAGACGGUUUUUCCAAACUGCUUGCGACGUCCCAGAGCUGCAGGAUAAAUUUAACGUGGAUGAGUAUUCUGACCUAGUCACCCUCACCAAGCCGGUAAUCUACAUUUCCAUUGGCGAAAUCAUCAACACCCACACUCUCCUGCUGGACCAUCAGGAUGCCAUUGCUCCGGAGCACAAUGACCCCAUCCACGAACUGCUGGACGACCUUGGCGAGGUGCCCACCAUUGAGUCCCUGAUAGGGGAAAGUUGCGGCAGUUUAAAUGACCCCAACAAGGAGGCACUGGCUAAGACAGAGGUGUCCCUCACGUUGACCAACAAGUUUGAUGUGCCCGGUGACGAGAAUGCAGAGAUGGACGCUCGGACCAUCCUGCUGAACACAAAACGUCUAAUUGUGGAUGUCAUCCGGUUCCAGCCAGGAGACACCUUGACUGAAAUCCUAGAGACACCAGCCACCAAUGAACAGGAGGCUGAACAUCAGAGAGCCAUGCAGAGACGUGCUAUCCGGGAUGCCAAAACCCCUGACAAGAUGAAAAAGUCAAAACCCAUGAAGGAGGAUAGCAACCUCAGCCUUCAGGAGAAGAAGGAGAAAAUUCAGACUGGCCUCAAGAAGCUAACAGAGCUCGGGACCGUGGACCCAAAGAACAAAUACCAGGAACUCAUUAACGACAUUGCCAAGGACAUCCGGAAUCAGCGGAGAUACAGACAGAGGAGGAAAGCCGAGCUGGUGAAACUGCAGCAGACGUACGCGGCUCUGAACUCGAAGGCCACCUUUUACGGAGAGCAGGUGGAUUACUACAAGAGCUAUAUCAAAACCUGCUUGGAUAACUUGGCCAGCAAGGGCAAGGUCUCCAAAAAGCCUAGGGAAAUGAAAGGCAAGAAAAGCAAAAAGAUUUCUCUGAAAUACACGGCAGCAAGACUACAUGAAAAGGGAGUUCUUCUGGAAAUUGAGGACCUCCAAGUAAAUCAGUUUAAAAACGUUAUCUUUGAAAUCGGUCCAACAGAAGAAGUUGGAGACUUUGAAGUGAAAGCCAAGUUCAUGGGAGUUCAAAUGGAGACUUUCAUGUUGCAUUAUCAGGACUUGCUGCAGCUACAAUACGAAGGGGUUGCGGUCAUGAAGUUGUUCGACAGAGCUAAAGUCAACGUCAACCUCCUCAUCUUCCUUCUCAACAAGAAGUUCUAUGGGAAGUAACUGGUCGCCAGCUGCCAGCCCCUGAGAAUUCAAAAGGACAGUGCCUCACCUCUGCCUUUCUAGGAUCCUCCAUUACUCCUUGGAAGCAAAGACCUUGUCCAGCGGUGCCGCAGUCUUGCACUCCCGAAGCCCAUCUUUAAGUCCUCUCUCUCCGACAGGACAUUCAGUGCCCUCUUUACAGUGAAGUCGUAGUUCAGACUUCAUCACACACACACACACACACACACACACACACACACACACACACACACCACCCCCACUUCUCUCUUUUUCUUUCAUCUUGUAGGAAAGAGUGGCGCCUCACCCAGCCCCUCUCUGUUAGGUCUCCUAAGUGGUAAUGGCUACUUUGUAAACGGUGUUUGUUUUACUCAGCAAUGGGAUGGUGGGAUUCAAAUUCUUGUUUAGAAGUGACAGCUGUCAGGUGAACAGCGGACAUUCGCAUCAGAGUCACGGUCAAGGGUGGCCCAUGAUAGCCCAUGCGCAAUCAGAGGACUAAGUCUGUGGUGUCUUCCUUUCCGCUGCCUCUGUGGGCGGAGCUAAGUCCAAGUUCCUGUUCUCUGUUCAAAGGAAGCAGCUUUGGGAGAAAGAGCAGCUGCUUUUGAUUCCCCACUAAACCUGGGCAGCACUCUUGGUGUGGUCCUUCCUGGUGAAGGAGAACCCCACGAUCAUCGCCACCCCUUUAGAGACGCUGAGAGUGGGCCCCAGCACCCACUCAGAGCAGUGCACAGAGUCCCACUCAAGGGCAGUGUCUGCUCCCUCGCUCUCUCCCACAAAGGGGUGGCUCACCCUGCCCCAAAAUGUUUUCAAAACUAUUUGUGUUCCAAGAGUGCCUUACUAAAGUAUAAAUUUAUUUCUUGAAAUGUGAGUCAUAGGAAUUUUAAAGAUUUGUAUAAUGCUUUAGAAUACCCUGAAAAGGGGUCAUUUCUUAUUGGGUUAUCUGUAUAUCUGAAUUCUUGAAGCUUCUCUAUAACCUACAUUAGGGUUUAUCUACAGAGUCGGCAAGAUCUUAGCAACAGCAGCCAGCCCAUUUCAUCUUUGAAGUUCAAAUCCGUUUCUCACUCUCUGCUCUGCUGCCAUAUUCAUGCUUGUAUUCUGAGAAGCCUGGACCCUUAGGCUUCAACUAACAAAAACCAUUCAGUUCCAGGCAUUGAAUUUGGAAACCUUUGUUCUUGGAUUAAAAGUCAUAAACUUUAAAAAACAAAUCUGUUUAUCCAAAAAGAUAGGUAAAUCAUGCACUGAGCUUUUAAUUUCUUUGAUGUUUGGUAUUCUUGCAUAAAACAUAAAAAUUAAGCUAAUAUUACAGUUUACUGAUGUAUAUUGAAGGCAAAUAAGCCAUUUUGAUUAGUAACAGAUAGCCAGGCAAUGGUGGCACACGCCUUUAAUCCCAGCACUCUGGAGGCAGAGACAGAUGGAUCUCUGUGAGUUUGAGGCCAGCCUGGUCUACAAAGGGAGUUCAGGAGAGCCGGGGCUACACAGGGAAACCCUGUCUCGACUCCCCCCUCCAAAUGGUUAAUUAGUGACAGAUAUGUAGCAUGUCCCUAUUACAAAUGUAAGUCUUGGAGAAGUGUCCUUCACGGUGUCCCCAUGGGUGGUGGGGCCUCCGUGAGUGGGUGUAGGUAGAGGUGGGUGCUCAGGGACGACCUGCCACCAGUGGACCUGUUUUUCAUUAUGUUUUGGAACAUAGUUUUCUCAGAAAAUAUUUUCUUUAGGUUAAAGGAAAAUGCUAAGGCUGGCAUGGUAGUACAUGCCUGUAAUCCCAGGGUGACUAAGUCAAGGCCAGCCUGGGCUACAUAGCCAUACCCUAUUUCAGAAAGAGAGAGGGAGAGGGAGAGAGGGAGAGGAAAAAGAGAAGAGAAAGGUACUGUUACAGCCAGUGUCACCUUAAAACAGGACAACAGAUGUGUCCAGCAUCCUUUUCUCAUUCUUUGCUUUUUCUCUUUCUGGUUUUCUUUCCAUCUUUCUUUCUUUUUUCUUUUUUCUUUUCUUUUCUUUUUUUUUGACAGGAGACAGGUCUCUGUUUAGCUUUGGCUAUACUGGAACUCUGUGUAGACCCGGCUGUCCUAGAACUCAAAGAUAUCCACCUGCCUCUGCCUCCUAAGUGCUGUGAUUAAAGGCAUGAGCCACUAUGCCUGGUCUCGAGUAUGGUUUCUUAAAAAGUGUCCAUCACAAACGUGGUCCCAGCGGCCACCUCCAGCCCAGGAGUGAGUUCAGGUUGCAGUGCCUUAGGAUGUCCCGAUAACUGUAAGGAUGCUCCUUCCCUGAAUACCCAGUUAGAACUGCGCCAACGCUCUCGGAGACUUUCAUGGCUGCUGUGGGGUCAGUCCUGCUGUGAGCAGCCCCAAGGUCGCCUGGCGAGCCCAGGUGGGCACACUGAUGUCGUGCCCCGCUUGUGUUAUUUAUUAGCUGCGGCCGUCUCUGUCCUGGCUCGCCCCUCCUCCUCUGACCUUCUCUCUGACCAGCCAUCAUGACAUUUACUAUGAAUUUACUUCCUCCCCAGAAUUUGGACUGGCCGUCAAAUUGUUGCUACACACAAUUGCCUUUGUAUCUCUGUAUGAAAUAAAAGGUCAUUUGUUCCUGUU